UAUUUUAAUAUUUUCUUUUUGAGACUGACUCAUCAACAUCAAUAAGUAGUGAAAGCUCAGGAGAAGACUGGCUCAUAAAGAUUUGCUGUCCAGGAGCACGACAUCGAUACUGCAGACAUGCCAAAAAGAAAAAGCAAAUAUCACAACACCAAAAGACUGGAUUCCUGCGGAGCUUAGAUAAAGAAGAUGGUAUUACAAAGUCAGCAGAAGGGAUGCCUAUUACAUCCUACCAGACCCCCACAGGAGUACUGCGGCAAGAAAGUUCAGAUUUACAGUGGCUCAUAAGACUCCGUUGUCCAAGAACUCAAAUGGAGCAGAUACCACAUCUAAAACAGUGUCUUCCAGCAGCCUCUUCAUCCUUGAGCAGAUCACCAAGCAAGACCUGUCAAAGUAGUCCAUCUGAGAGAGCUAAGACUUCAGAGAGCUGGCUAACACCAAAGCAUUUUUCUGUUGUACAGGCUAUAGUAAAUGAAAGCCAGGAUAUUUGUUCCACCCUGUCCCUGUUGGAAAGAGAAAACUGCUUUGUAAGGGAAGUAGACAAGUAUUUGAAGUACCAUGAUUUCUUAGCUCUCAGGAAGAGGGAAAUGCAGUACAAGAAAUGGUUUGAGAAUGUUUCAAGACCACUACUACAGAAAAUUCAGGACAAAAUUGACAGCCAGUCAAGUGAAGAAGUAGAGGAAAGGAAGCGAAAACAGCUCUCCCUCUACUUAGACUACUGUAAUAAGAAGGGCAAUGCAUUUUUAGAAAGUUACACUCCUUCAGUUUAUGAUCCUUUCUUCUUGAAGACUUGUACAGACAUUUGGAAGGCAUCCAUUCCACCUUUAAAUGAUCCCUUGUUAAAGGAGAUACAAGAAAGAUACUUUGAGGCUGGCAUUAUAAAGCAGUGUGACACAGGGAAAAUAUACUCCUCCAAAGAGAUUAAUGAACUCCAGAAGGUUGAACUGCCAUUGCUUCCUUUGAGUCGGCAGCUGAUGAAUCCAGUUGAGUGGCUAAAAAUUCCUCCUGGGUAUAUGGAAAGCGAGAUUCGUCAGAAGAGCCGGCAAAAAAUGGUCCCAACUAGAAACAUGAGUUCUAUGGACUUCAAGAACUGGAAUGACUCAUCCUUGCUUCAACCAAACAAGAGAUGCACCUCUGCCAGAAAACAAGAUUUUGUCUGUCUGCCCAGUUUUUUGAAGAAAACACGAACUGGCUCAUCAGUUUGUAAACCAGCAAUAAAAUUUGCUUCCUAAUGA